CAGACAGAGUACGUCUGAACGUGUGCUUGCAUGUGCACGUAUGUUUGUGGACAUGUGCACGUGAGAAGUAUGUGUACGUAAAGUUUCGUCGUUCACUCACGCAGCGCGCGACACUCACUGGAUUACACGAGCGAUAAGAAGAAAGGACGAUUCCCAUCUGAAACUAGCUACACACAGUCAUGGCACUGUGUGGAGCCAAAGGACUGCCUUUCUUGGGACCCAAUGUGUACUCGGAGGCCCCUGAUGGAGGCUGGGGAUGGGUGGUGGCUGUGGCCUUCUUCUUGGUGGAGGUUUUCACUUAUGGCACCAUCAAGAGCUUUGGCAUCUUCCUCCAAGAUCUGAUGGAGGAGUUUGGAGAGACCAACAGUCGAGUCUCCUGGAUCGUCUCCAUCUGCGUGUUUGUCAUGACCUUCAAUGCUCCUUUCUCUUCUGUGAUGACUAACCGCUUUGGGUUCCAACUUGUCGUCAUGACUGGAGGAUUGCUGAUUUCUGUGGGUACCAUUUCCACCAGCUUUACCAGCUCCAUCAAUCAAAUGUACAUCACCUAUGGAUUAAUUGGAGGUAUGGGCUACUGUCUUGCCUUCCUGCCCACUGUGACCAUCCUUUCCCAGUACUUCACUCGUCGACGCUCUCUGGUCACAGCCUUGGCUUCCACGGGAGAGUCCCUGUCCAUAUUUGCCCUGGCUCGAGCCUUUUAUGCACUGAGGCUCCAGAUUGGCUGGCGACAUACCAUGGCAGUGAUAGGAGCUUUGCAAGGCACCAUCAUCAUCUGUGGUGCUCUGCUUCGGCCUGUCGUUAUCAAACCCAGAGCGUCCCACAAAGCAGAGACUGACAGAUUGUCCUCAAAGGAACUGGAGGUCCCCAGCGCACAGCAGAAUGCAGAGUGCACAAACUCAGAAGACUCUAUGACAAACAAGAUCUCACAUUCACCAAAUACUUCAUACAGCCUGGACAAUGAGCUAACCAGAGGCUCUGUGAGCACUGGAGACUCCGGUGUCCAGUCUUUAAAGGAUACAGAUAACAGCAGCCCGGAGGAGAAGUCUUUAAUGUGCAAAGAAGAAAGGCCAGAGUCAGAACGGAAAUUUGAAACUGAGGAGGAGAAAAAGGACAAGGACACAGACAAAGAAGGAAUGAAGGAUGAGGCAACUAAAUCAGGUGAUGACAAGCUACCUGCAAAGAGUACAAAAUUGCUAGAUUUCUCCAUCCUCAGAGAGCACAGCUUCAUAUUCUAUUCUCUGUUUGGGCUGUUUGCCACACUCGGCUUCUUCGCGCCUCAACUCUACAUCAUUGAGCUGAGUGUGAGUCGAGGCGUGGAGCGGGACCACGCCACUUACAUGCUUUCCACCAUGGCUGUGGCGGAAAUCUUAGGCCGACUCUCCAUCGGGUGGAUCUUGACGCGUAAGCCGUUCAGGAAGAAAAAGCUGCUUGUUCUUCUGGCAUGUGUAGUUACAAUGACUUUGGAUCUGGUGGGAUUUACUCUGGUUACUGAGUUUUAUGGCCUGGCUGUGUGCUGCACUUUGUAUGGCUUCUUUCUGGGGACGGUGGCAUGCACCCACAUCCCCUUACUGGCUGAGGAUGAUGUGGUGGGCAUUGAUAGGAUGUCCUCGGCUGCUGGUGUCUACGUGUUCAUACAUAGCUUUGCUGGGCUGGCUGGACCCCCACUUGGAGGUGUGCUGGUGGAUGUGACUCAGAACUAUGGAGCAGCCUUCUACUCUUGUGCAGUCGGCAUGGGGCUGAGUGGUGUGUUCCUUGGUUUGGUGAAACCUGCUAAGAAGGGAUUACUCUGUAAGAAGAGGAACUCAGAACACCCUGAAAGCAUAUAUGAGAAAACAGGAGACUCCGAGGGACAGAGUGGAGAGCAAAAGCUGGACAAAACUGACAGUCCUCACGAAUGCUCUGAAGCAGGCAUCAGCUUGGACAACAACCAGGGGGAGGGCACUAAAGAUGUCCAGGGGGUUAUACGAUUUGCUUGAGCUGAUAACAUAAGCUAAAGGGUAAUAAAACGGUCAAGCCAUACAGGGGUCAAAGGCUAUCUAAAUACAAGCGCUGCCAGAGAGCUGAAGGGACACAAAUACAAUGAAGACCAAUAUUAAGUGUUUAACAUAUGCCUCUGUAGAUCUGGGUUCUGAGAACAAUCUUGAGAACUUUUAGAUCAUAAUGUGUAUGUAGCAAUCAUGCCUUAUACACCUAAUGUACCAAAUAGUGUUUUUACUUAAUUUUAACAACACAGUUAAAAUGAAAGUGAAGGACUAUUAAAUUAGCUUUAAGUCAGUAAGCGUUUGGACCUGUUCAGAAUGGACCAGGAGUGAUGCAGUGUGUUAAUAGAGGUGCCUUAGUCUUAGAUAUUCCAGAAAGAGGAUGCACCAAUUUAACACUGAUAAACUAAUUACCUGCUGGUGAUCAACACCAUAACGAUAGCCAGAAAAACUGUGAAGCAAAUGUAGCUGCAAGAACUAUACAUUGCACAGAUUCUGUAACACCUGUUAUAGAAAACGUACAAAGCUCAGGAGUAAGUGAUUAAAAGUUUUAUUUUUAAUCAAACUGUGUUACCAAGCUGAUGAUGCACUGUUAUGAGACAUGAGAUGUCAGACUCAAGUUAUUUUUGUAAUGAAAAUGUGUUCAAUCACAAUAAAGAAGCAGAGUGAUU